CGCUGAUCUUGCCCCAGCAAAUAAUUCACCGGGAACACUUGCUCUGCCAACAAACACAUAACUCUCUGUAUUCAACAUGACACCACGAGGGCCUCAGCCAAUUGGUAUCGUUGAAUUACACCGGCCUGCUGGACUGGUGGAUAUCGACAUUGUCGCAAUCCAUGGCUUGAACGGUGAUGCCAUCAAAACGUGGACUCAUGAAAGUAGCAACGUCUGCUGGUUAAGGGACCUCCUGCCGACAUAUAUAAACAACGCCCGGGUCCUAACCUGGGGCUAUAAUGCAAAUGUUAACUCUCUGAUGGGCAGAUCGACAAGCUCGGACCGGAUUCUGCAGCAUGCCCAGACACUCAUUGAGGAACUGCAAUCGGACAGAGAAUUUGAGAGCGCCGCCGAGAGGCCUAUCAUAUUUGUGUGUCAUUCAUUGGGUGGAAUUAUAGUGAAAAAGGCUUUGGCGUUCUCCUCUCGUCAGACCUCCCACAAAAAUGCCCGUUUACAGUCGAUCUACACCUGCACCUACGGAAUUAUUUUUUUCGGCACACCUCAUUCUGGGUCCAGUAAGGCUGGUACUCUUGACGCUGCACAAAAGCUUGCAUCACUUGUUGUGCCGAGAAGAGCUGCUCUCUUUGAAACGAGCCUACUACAGGCUCUCAAGGAGGGCUCUGAGACAUUACAAAACAUCACCGAUGAGUUUCUUCCACUUAUGUCUCGCUAUUGCAUGUUCUUCCUGUGGGAGCAAUUGCGUACACGCCUCGCUUAUACGGAGGAUUACAUUGUAAAUGUUGAGAGCGCGGUGCCCACAAUUGACGGCGUUGACAAAUGUGCUAUUCCCGCCGACCAUCGGGGAAUGUGCAAAUUCCAGAAUGCGAGCGCCCCUGGCUUUAAGACUGUCCUUGCUGCAUUAAAGCGGUAUAGUCAGGCGGCACCGAUGGUCAUUCAGGGGAGGUUGAAGGUGGAGGCGGAGAUGCUUGAAGGAAGACGGAGACAUGAGGCUAUGGAAUUAUUAAGGAAUAUUUAAAUUAUGUAGUAUGUGGUAAGGGUUGGGAAGAUUCUACCAGCUAAAGUCUACUGUACAGGAACUGUCCGCUAAAGGGCCCUGAUAUGUACGUCUCG